GAAAACCAGACUGGUAAUCCCGCUCAGCAAACUCCUGCCGUUCCUCCUGGUCUUUGGAUGGAAAAACCUCCAGCAUUAGAAGGAGUUCCCCCAGGGCUAGAGUAUCUGGCUCAGCUAGAUCAAUUAUUAAUUCACCAGCAAGUCGAGUUGUUGGAAGCAGUUACCGGCUUUGAAACCGAAAACAGAUAUGCAGUCAAAAAUAGUCUUGGUCAGCAAUGUUAUUUUGCACGUGAAAAAUCUGGUUUAUGCAUGAGAUUAUGUUGUGGAAACAAGAGAGGAUUUCAAAUGCAUAUCGCCGACAAUAUGGGAAAUGAAGUUAUUCAUUUGUAUCGUCAAUUUAGAUGCUGCGUUGGUUGUUGUUGGUGCAUUAAAGGUGACAUUUGCGCGUUCAUAGUUCCUGUAGAAUCACCAACGGGAGUUCCGAUUGGAAGAAUCAUUCAACUAUGGUCGUCAUGGAAACCAAGAUUUGCAAUCCAGAACGAACGAAACGAAACUGUGCUGGUCAUUCAGGGUCCCUGCUGCAUCUGUUCUGGACCUUGUUGCCCACAAGAUGUUCCAUUUGAAGUGAUGACAGCUGAUGAGUCUCAGUCUAUUGGGCAGAUAGCCAGGCAAUAUGCUGGCAUUGGAAAGGAGUUGUUUUCCGAUGCCACAAAUUUUGGUAUCAGCUUUCCAAUGGACCUCGAUAUCAAGUUAAAAGCACUUCUUCUUUCUGCCACAUUCUUGAUUGACAUGAUGUUUUUUGAGAAAAAUGAUUAACUCUUAUGUAUAUAUAUAUCUUA